AUGAAAGUCCUAUUAGCCGAAAAGUUGGGCCUCGAUGUCCAAAUCACAUGGGAUCGAUUCAAGAGAGAGUUCAAUGACCGAUUCUUCCCUCGAGCACAACGUCAACAAUGUGCCCGAGAAUGCCAAGAUCUCAAACAAGGGAACUUGUUAGUUGAGCAGUAUUCGACUGAGUUUUUGAAACUGUCGAGGUAUGCCCCACACCUCAUCCCAAAUGAGCAAACUAAGGCCGAAAGAUUUCUUGACAACUUGUCGCCAAGAAUCAAAGAGAUAAUUGCUUUUCUUGAAAUCACCAACUUCACCAAAAUGGUGCACACUGCCACCGUUGCUAAGAAUGGAAUUAAAGAAGCAGAUGUUGGCUAUGUGAAUAUGAAGCGGUCGAUGUCAAUGGGAGCUCAUCCUCCCCCACCACCAUCAAAGAGGCAGUCUUCAAGAACCAGUUCCGAAUCCUUUAGGAGAAGGAAUGCCUCUGAGAGCUGA